AGAGGCAUAAAUAAAUAGCCAUUAAGUUUCUGUCUAAAACGAUUAUUCCAACAUCACCAUUAAGUUUCUGUCUAAAACAAUGGGGAUGAAUUUUCUUGAUUUACCGGAAGAAUGCAUCGCCGUUGUGAUAUCUUUCACCAGCCCCUAUGACAUUUGCCGUCUCUCUGCUGUCUCUAAAUUACUUCGCUCGAUAGCCGACUCGGACGCCGCUUGGGAGAGGUUUCUUCCCUCAUAUUCUCGUAUGUAUAUCGAUAAUACUUUAUCUAGGUUUUCGAACAAGAAGCUCUUCCUUCGCUUAUGUGAAUCUCCCCUUCUCAUCGGCGAUGGAAGAAUGAGCUUUUGGAUGGAAAUGAGAAGCGGGAAGAAAUGUUGGAUGUUGUCUGCAAGGAAACUAGAGAUUACUUGGGUUGAUAGUCCUGAAUUCUGGAUAUGGAUGUCGACUCCGGACUCAAGGUUUCAUUAUUUAUAACAGAUUUAAGAAGUUGCGGGGCUUCUGGCGGUGUGUUGGUUUGAAAUCCGAGGAAUGCAAGAGUCUAGAGAGGAUGGGUGGUUGGAGAUUGAACUCGGUGAAUAUUAUGUAGGUUUUAAUGAGGAGGAUCUCGAAAUGAGUGUUUCGGAGACAAGAGAAGGUGGUUGGAAAGGUGGAAUCAUCGUUCAAGGGAUCGAGAUUAGGCCAAAAGAAGUGUUGUGAUUCAGUAACUCCCUUUGCAAGUAAAAUGUAGUUUGUUGUGUAAUAUAAAGAUAGCAAAUGUAUACAUCUACAUUUGUCUUCUCAUAUCACUGUAAGAGUCAUGCAUGCAUAGUCAUGAAUUUGGAAUAUAUAUAUAUACAUGCAACCUAGACUGUUGAUCAUGUUAUCAAGACAUUUGUAUUUCUUUGUUUCUUUCUCAUGAAUUUUCUGUGAAUUUAAUCGGUUAGUAAUAAUAACUAUAAAAGUUAUUCCGGUUUAAUAAUAAAAUUCAGUAAUCAAAAUAUACCAAAAGCAAGGUCAAAAGCAAAUUUCUAUCAUUAAUUAUGGAAAUCAAACCAUAGUGUGACGGUUCAAUGGCGAUUCUAAUCCCAUGAAAUAAUUGUACCUUCUUCUCACUCACACCACUCAAGAACAGAAACCGAAAGAUCCAACCCACCACAGUCUUGCAAUGUAAAAACUAAUCCUACGCUUCCACAGAAACCGAAGGAGUUCAUUUCAAAAGAAUAAGGCUACACAUCCUCCUAAGCUCCAGUUUAAACUCACACCCGUCUAAACUGGAAAAUAAAAUAAAAAAAUCAAUUUUUUAUAUUAAUCUCUAAAUAAAACUCGAUUAUUAUAAAAGGAGUUCUAAUUGAUUUUAAGAAAA